AUGUUAUUCUUCAUAAUUCUAACUUCCACAUUUCUUAUGACACGUUGCACUCACAAUGUUACAGCGGGAUGCAGACCUUUGGAUGUUGUUUUCCUAAUCGAUAGCAGCGGAAGUGAAAAUAACGACUCGUUCAAUGCUCAACUUGAAUUCAUGAAGGAACUUGUUCAAAGUUCAAUUUCGUACAAUAAUGACACAAAAUUUGGUGCCGUUAGUUUCUCCAACGAAGCCAAGCUAGAAUUUAACUUGAAUCAAUAUGCUUCAUCGGCAGAUGUAAUUAGGGCCAUUGAAAACAUUACCCACAUCGGUAAAUUUACUCACAUUGAAGAGGGAUUCAAAUAUGUUACCAAUGCCAGUUUCACAAACACUAGUGGUGAUCGGCCGGAUGCAGAUAAUGUACUUCUGGUAUUGACAGAUGGAAUCUUUCAUCCAGAAAAUGCUUCGGAACCGGCAGAAAUAUUACUGGGAGAUGGUGUAAAGAUCAGUCUUGUGCUUUUUACUAACAGAGUGACAGAUAAACUGAACAACAAUGCCCAGAGCGUCACAGAUCUUAACAAUACGUUUACAAAAGAUACAUUUGAACCUAUAAAUUUCUUUUGCCCAGAUACGUCAUCAAGUAACCCAAUAUCAACGCCAUUCAUAUCUACACCACCAUCAGAGACAACACCCCAUACAGCGAAUCUCGGUUGUCGUGAUAAAGUUGCAAAAUGUGCCAGCUACGGGGCAGAAAUUUGUUCUCAGUAUAAAUCCUGGGCGGAGAUUCAGUGUCGCUGUUUCUGUAAAUUUGAUGAAGUGACUAUAUCUGGGAAUACAACUCGAGAUCCAAAAACAGAGGCUACUGUACCAACGAAUCCAAAAGUCUGGGUUACCAUCACCAAUAAACACUGA